AUGAUGGGGAUUAUGGAUAAAGAAAACGAUACUUCUAAUGAAGAUAGGGAGAUAGACUAUAAUUUAUUGCAAGGAAAAUUGUUGUCACAUCCACCACCAGGAGAAGAAAUCGUAAUAUCAGGAAUAUCUGGUUCUUUUCCUCUUACUGAGAACAUCCUAGAGUUCCAAGAAAACCUGUACGAGAAAAAAAUAAUGCUGACUGGGAAUUCCAGAUGGGAUUUCAGUCAUGCUGAGAUACCAGCUGCUACUGGAGCUGUACCAGGAGCAGAAAAAUUCGAUGCUGGAUAUUUCGGCAUACAUGAGAGACAAAGCCACUCCUUAGAUGCGAUGGGAAGAAUGGUUUUAGAAAAAACAAUGGAGGCAAUCUUUGAUGCUGGCCUUCAUCCAUCUGACUUUGAAAAUUCCAAAACAGGAGUGUAUAUUGGAACCUGCUUCAGUGAGACCGAAAAAUAUAGUUUUUUCGAUUCUCUCAAUACCCAAAAUUUUGCCUAUACUGGUGCCGUGAGAUCUAUGAUUGCUCAUAGAGUGAGCUAUUUCCUGAAGCUCAAAGGACCUUCCUUCGUAUCAGACACGGCUUGUAGCAGUUCCUUCUACGCUUUUGAACCGGCCUUCAGGGCUCUAAGAUUAGGAGAAAUAGACACUGCUAUUGUUGCAGGAGCCAACCUGUGUUUGCAUCCUUUCGUGUCUCUUCAGUUCGCAAGAUUGGGUGUGCUAAGCAAAGAUGGUGUCUGUAAAGCUUUCGACGAGGCUGCUGAUGGCUAUGUCAGAUCAGAGGUCAUCGGAGUACUCAUUCUACAAAGGGCCAAAGACUGCAAACGGAAUUACGCUGAGAUUAUUCACGUAAAAACGAAUUGCGACGGAUUCAAACCAACUGGAAUCACUUUUCCAUCCAAAGAUUCGCAGUUCGCACUCAUGAAAGAAGUGUACGAAGAAUCUGGCGUCAAUCCUGCUAGUCUCAGUUAUCUGGAAGCACACGGAACAGGUACUGGUAUUGGUGAUCCAGAAGAAUGUGGAGCAAUUGAUGAACUACUCACUGAAGGUAGAACAACACCUCUUCUAAUGGGAUCAGUAAAAUCCAACAUUGGCCAUGCCGAACCAGCUUCUGGUAUUGGUUCCAUCAUAAAGUGCAUAAUUGCCAUGGAGAAUGGAUUUAUCCCUCCCAAUAUAAACUUCAAUACACCCAAUAAGAGAAUUCGUGGAAUAAUAGAAGGAAGGCUCAAGGUCGUUACUGAGAAGACGCCUUUUGAAGACGACAGAGGACUAAUAGGUGUGAACAGUUUUGGAUUCGGAGGUGGUAAUUGUCAUUUGCUGAUGAAAAGUAACAAGAAAGAAAAAGUUAACAAAGGCUGUCCGACAGAUAAAUUACCGAGACUAGUUCUUAUUAGUGCAAGAACAAAUGAAGCAGUUGUCCAUAUGAUGGAUGAUCUCAAGAAUAAUCCUCUGGAUGCUGAGCAUAUAAGACUCUUACACGAAGUAUACAGGAAGAACAUCGAUAAUCAUCUGUACAGAGGUUUCUUGAUAGUUUCAAAGUAUGGCGAGAUUUGUAGAUUCUCAGAAAAAUAUCAGAGACAUCAGGAGGUGCCGUUCUAUAUAACAUUUGGAGAAUUGGAAAAUUGGUGCGAAAUUGGAAAUGAUCUGAUGGACAUCCCAAUCUUUUAUGACACUUUACAAAGAAUUCAGAAAAAAUUAUCGGCGAAAAAAGUCGACAUAAUCGGAAUUAUGAAAAAUAUCUCUGAGGAACAGAAGAGGUUUCAAGCAUUAGGCAGUGCAAUUGUUCAAAUCGGUCUUAUAGACAUUAUGAAAACUCUGGAUAUCGUACCAAAAUUCCAUUUCGGAUAUUCGUAUGGAGAAAUGCUAUCUGCCUACUUUGAUGAUUAUCUCUCUUUGGAAGAAACUGUGGAUUGUGUCUACGAAAUAAAUAGAUGUAUCAACUCUAUCAACGGUUGGAGUUUCAAAAACUCAGGAGAUGAGAAGAAGACUGAUAAAGACAUUGGCAUUCAUCCAACGAAUGGGUCAAUUCUAGAGAAUUUCAGACUGGCUCUUUGCUCAAACAACAUAACAACUACUAGAAAGCUACUGAACGAGAAUUUAUCGAAUAUCAUCAAACCCAAACCAACGAAGACCAAAAAAUCGAUAGAAUCUUUCGCCACAGCUGAAUACUUCAUUGAAGCAAUGUCAGCUAAGAUAUCUCAGAACUUUUUAGAGGGCCUUGAGAAGGAAUCCAUUUUGCUGAAUAUAGGAUCUUUUCCUAUCGAAAGUGACAUUGAAGGUGUUAAAUCGAUAACUUGCUUUCCAAGUGGAAGCACCAACUACCUAGUCGAUUUCUUGAGAAUUUUAGGAAACUUAUACGUCAAUGGUCAUCACCCAAAAGUGGCUUCCUUAUAUCCGGAAGUGAAAUUUCCAGUGAGCAGAGGUACCAGAAUGAUCUCUCCUCAUAUCAAGUGGAAGCACGACAGGAACUGGUUCGUUCCGGUGUACAAUGUACACCAGAAGGCUAUGGCCGAGCAACGAGGGUCCAGAAAAGUAGAAAUUCAAACUACAGACCUGGAAUGGGCGUAUGCCGAUGGUCACGUGAUAGAUGGAAGGAAUCUUUUUCCUGCAACUGCUUAUUUGUACCUGGUAUGGGAAACGCUCUGUAUAAUAGACGAUAUGCCCAUGAAUAUCCGUGAUGUUGUGUUCGAAAACUGCAAAUUUUUGAGAGCCACGUCCUUGCCUGCGAAGGGAUACGUGACGUAUUAUGUUUCCAUAAACAAAUCGUCUGGAUCGUUCGAAAUCAAUGAGGGAGACUAUCCAGUAGUAACUGGAAAAAUCAGUACUUUCGAUGAAAACAUCAAUGAAAUAUCGAAAACAUACCGUGAUCAUGGAAGUAUUGAUACUUCGAAGCUUGAAUUGACUACCAAAGAUGUUUACAAGGAGUUAAGAUUACGAGGAUAUAAUUACAAGGGAGCAUUCCGAAGCAUUGUAUCAUGUGACGUGCAAGCUACUAACGCUCUAAUCAAAUGGGACAAAAACUGGGUCACUUUCUUGGACAAUAUGCUACAAAUGAAAAUCCUCCACGCUGAUUCUCGUUUGCUCUACGUCCCUACUUACAUCUCUUACCUGAGGAUACCAGCCAAAGCUCAUCUAGAGUGGGUACUACAAGCUUACAUUAAUAAAGACAAACCCACAAUACUACCAGUCUUCAACAACAAUCGGACGAAUACGAUUAGUUGCGGGGAAAUAGAACUCAAAGGCCUCAUCGCAAGUUCCAUACCACGUAGGAAAGACCUAGGCAUCCCAGUUUUGGAGAGAUACGCUUUCAUUCCUAACGUAACUACACUCACACUGGAACAAUCGAUCAGGGUGAACAUGCAAAUUCUCUUGGAGAAUGCUUUGGUCUACAAAGUAAAGUCCGUUGAAAUAAUAGACGAAUCGACCAAAGAGGCCUCCAUUCCUAUAUCACCUAUAGUAAAAGCAGUUUUUGAGGAUCAGCCCUUAAUACAGCCGAUCCUCAAGAUUCUCACAAAGAAUCAGUUGGAAACAUCUGUUCCAGUAGAAGAUAAAAAUAUUACAGAGGAAACAGAUAAUUUGUUGGUAGUGGCUUCAAAUUUAUUGGAACGUCCAGAGUUAUUGAAAGCAGUACUGCGUUCGCUAAAAGAUAAUGGCUUCAUCAUAUCACGUGAACCAUCAGACUUCGAUCCAGCCAUGUUGAAGGAACAUGACCUGCAUCUUUACACCUCACACAAAACGGGAACAGAAACUUUGGUCUUCCUGAGAAAACCAACGAAGAGUAAAACUCCAUUCGUUUUAAAAAUCAGCCCCGCAGAUGAAUUCUCUUGGAUCCCGACACUCAAAGACCAACUGAAAACCAAAAAGGCCGAUGACGUCAUACUGUACUCGCAGAAUGACUCAACUAGUGGGAUCUUAGGCUUGGUAAACUGUCUAAGGAGAGAACCAGACAGUACCAAUUGCAGAUGCUUGUUCCUCAUGGACGAUGUAGAGGAAUUCAACAUGGACUCUCCCUUCUACGCUGAGCAAUUGCAGAAGAACAUGGCCAUCAACAUCCACAAAAACGGUCUUUGGGGUACCUACCGACAUUUACUGAUCGAAGAUGCAGAAAAAGUAGAAAGGGAACACUGUUUCGUCAACACCGCCAUCAGAGGUGACCUGUCGAGUUUGACCUGGUUUGAAGGUCCUCUAGGAAACUUGAAAACUCUAUCCUGUGAAAAGAAGCUCGUUCACGUAUAUUAUUCGGCGUUGAAUUUCAGAGAUAUAAUGACAGCUUCGGGUAGGAUCAGCAAUGACGUCAUCACUGGAGAACGGAUCGAGCAGGAAUGUGUCCAAGGAUUUGAAUUCUCAGGAAUUGAUAGCAGUGGAAACAGAGUAAUGGGAAUGAUUAAUCAUGGAGCUUUGUCAACCCUAGUACAGUCAGAUAAUUAUUUGACAUUCAAAGUACCGGAUGGGAUGUCAUUAAAAGAUGCUGCCACUAUACCUAUUGUCUACACCACCGUCAUAUACUCUUUAUUGCUGAGGGGUAAUAUGAAACGUGGGGACUCCAUUCUCAUUCAUUCCGGCACUGGAGGUGUUGGUCAAGCAGCCAUCAGGAUUGCUUUAUAUUAUGGUUGCAAAGUCUACACUACGGUCGGUAACGAAGCCAAGAGAGAUUUCCUCAAGAAAACCUUUCCCCAACUCAAAGACCAACACAUUGGCAAUUCCCAUGACUUGUCUUUCGAGAAGGCCGUAAUGAGAGACACCAGAGGCCGAGGUGUAGAUCUAGUACUGAACUCGCUAGCAGAAGAAAAACUACAAACCUCCCUAAGAUGCGUGGCUAGAGGAGGCAGGUUCCUAGAAAUCGGAAAAUUUGAUCUGGCCAACAACAAUCUCAUCAAUCUGCGUGUACUCAGGAGAGAAGUGACCUUCCACGGUAUCAUGCUCGAUCAAUUUCUCACUGCAACUCCCAGCUUGAAGAGGCAAAUCGCUGAAGUUUUUGAAGGAGCUAUGGCAGCGGGAUAUGUCAAGCCGCUCGAUGCCACAGUGUUCGGUUACGAUCAAGUAGAAGAAGCUUUCAGAUUUAUGGCGACUGGUAAGCACAUGGGAAAAGUCUUGGUCAAAAUCAGGGAAGAGGAGAAUGGACACGGAGGUCAUCAACCGAUAGCUCCCGGAUUCUCAUGCAAACCUAGAUAUUUGUGUGACCCCAAUAAAACGUAUAUAAUCAUUGGUGGACUAGGCGGCUUUGGACUAGAGUUAGCGGAUUGGUUGGUUCUGAGAGGAGCCAAAAAACUAGUACUCACUUCCCGAUCAGGAGUCAGGACUGGGUAUCAAAAAUCCAGAAUCAAGUGUUGGAAGUCUUACGGAACUGAAAUUCUCAUUUCUCAAGAUGACAUAACUUCACGAGAUGGUUGUAGGAGUCUUAUAGAGCAAGCUCAGAAGUUAGGAGAAGUCACAGCCGUCUUCAAUCUUGCAGUAGUUCUUGCAGAUGCCUUGUUCGAGAAUCAGACAGAAGAAAAUUUUGUUACCUCUUUUGGCCCGAAACCUGUAGCAACACAAUUUAUGGAUGAGAUAACCAGAAAAUUAUGCCCAAAUUUGAGAGAUUUUGUGAUAUUUUCAUCUGUGACAUGUGGUCGGGGAAAUGCUGGUCAAACAAAUUACGGAAUGGCGAAUUGUGUGAUGGAGAGGAUUUGCGAACGGAGGAAACAAGAUGGAUUCCCUGCCUUAGCAAUUCAGUGGGGAGCUAUUGGAGAAGUGGGUCUGGUAGCUGAAAUGCAAGAGAAAGACUGUGAACUAGAAAUAGGCGGUACAUUACAGCAAAGAAUUUCCAGUUGUUUGAAAGUAUUGGAUGGAUUCCUAGCGAACAGGGAAGCCACCAUAGUAUCCAGCAUGGUUGUAGCAGAAAAACGUGGAGCUUCAGAAAAAGCUGAAAAUAUCGUCCAAGCAGUUCUGAAUAUUUUAGGGUUGAACAGCGCUAAAUCUAUCAGCCAUCAUUGCUCUUUACCAGAACUUGGGAUGGAUUCCAUGACGGCAGUCGAGAUUAAACAGGUUCUGGAAAGAGAUUUCGAAGUAUUUUUGAGUCCCAAAGAUAUGAGGACCAUGACAUUAGCAAAGUUGAAGAAAAUCCAAGAGGAGAGAGAUCACGGUACCAAAGAAGAAACAGUUGAAAAAGAAAAUGGAGGACUCGACGCCUUCUUCAGGAUUUCUCUGAUAGAAGACCACCAAGCAUUGUCACAAAUACAACUGAAAUCUGGUGACCCGAAAAACAGACAGAAAUCUUUGAUAUUUCCAGGCAUAGAUGGCUUCGUGAAAAUCUUUCAACCAAUGGCCAAUCAAAUUCAGGGCGAAGUGAUUGGUCUACAGUACGGUUACAAUAAGAAUUGCACAACCAUCCAAAACAUAGCGGAAAAUUUACUUCCGGUGGUUGAAGAACACUUAUCGAAAGAUGACAAGACAUUCAACAUAAUAGCCUACUCGUUCGGAAGCAUUGUAGCUUUAGAAGCAGCCCACAUACUCGAAUCCAAGGGAUACGUCGGAAACAUAGCUGUGGUGGAUGGAUCUCCAGUAAUGUUCAAACAAGUUUUGAUAGAUCUCGAUUGCUUUUCACCGGAAUCAGAAAGGUUGUUGCAGACUAUCAUAUUGUGCAAUUUGCUGGCGCUCUAUAUAUCGUCCGAAGUGAUAUCCCAACAAAAGGAAUCCAUCUACAGAUGCGAAUCUUGGGACGAACGUCUGGACGUUUGCGUCCGGAUCAUGGGCGAUAAAUCCAGCUACGACAUCGACUACCAAAAGUCCGUGGCCACCGGCAUAUACGACAGAACCAGGUGCCUCAUGAAUUACACCCCCUCCUACGCCAAGGUCAAAUCGAAGGUGAAGCUAUUCUGCGCUACCAACAAGAGUUUUUCGUACCCGGAAGAAGAUUACGGUCUGUCCGGUAUCUGCGAACACCCUGUAGAAGUGGAAUCGUUCGACGGCAGUCAUAACAGUAUCCUGGAUAACGAGGCGUUGGGCACUGCGAUCGAUUCGUGGAUGAGAAAAAAUUCUAAAUCACAAAUUGAGAGUUAG